AACACCGUUAGUUAAUAUUUUCCUUGUGUAAACUUGGCCAAUGAAAAUGAUCAAUUUGGAGUGUUUUUGGUCUGUCUUGUUAAAAAAUGUAUCUGCUUCUCUUUAUUGUCUGACAGAGCACAUUGUAAAGCCUAUUAGUUUACUCAGACUUUUUUUGACUCUGUAGGCUGAGUUGUGAGGUUUUUGUUCUUGCAGGGUUUGGGAGUCUUGUUAGUAUAACUUUGUCAUAGAUUUUUUAAGACCAGAAGGGAUCAAAUAGUCUGACAUCCUGUAUAACUGACCAAAUAAUUUUGACCUUGUUUUAACUUGAUUUUGUAUACAUCUUUAAACUUCGUAUUUGUGAAUGUAUAAUGUCAUGACAUCACUAAAUAAAUAAAAUAUAACAUUUUUGCUUUGGUGAGAUAUUGUUGGUUUUUACGUAAAAAUGGGGAUGCUGUCUUCACCCUUUGUUUUACGUUUUUGAAUUUCAGAGAAAUCUUAGGAAAGUCAAGUCCGAUCUUGCCUGGUUUUGCUGGAGGACGUUCAUGGAAGUUUCAGAAAAGGCCUUGAUUGUUUUGUCUGAAAUCAAAGAUGGAAAUAUACACCUGAGGAAAAAAAACACUUUAAAUCUGCUUUGUCUGUAUUCAUAUGGAUGAAUCCAGGAUGUUCCAAGAAAACACAUUUGAUAAUUACUUAAAUUCAGCAGCCCCAAUUUGUGAAGAUGGUGCUUUCCAAAAGAAAGGGCACAGUGCAAGGACCCUUAGCCCUGAAGAAGCUGAGAAACUGGCAAGAGAUCAAGCCUUGGUGUCUGACUUCAAAAAACUGAAACUGGAGAAAGAUGCACAGAAGAACUGGGAUCUAUUUUACAAAAGAAACAGCACAAACUUCUUUAAAGACAGGCAUUGGACAACUAGAGAAUUUGAAGAUCUAAAAGCAUGCUGGGAGUUUGAAGAUCAGAAACUGACCAUUCUUGAAGCAGGCUGUGGGGUUGGAAAUUGCUUGUUUCCACUUUUAGAAGAGGACUUGAAUAUCUUUGCUUAUGCCUGUGAUUUCUCUCCAAGAGCUGUUGAGUAUGUAAAGAAGAACACUUUAUAUAAUAUUGAGAGAUGUAAAGUAUUCCAAUGUGAUCUGACCAAAGAUGACCUUCUGGAAAAUAUUCCAGCGGAUUCUGUGGAUGUUGCCACAUUAAUAUUUGUGCUUUCUGCCAUUCACCCUGACAAGAUGCACCUUGCCUUGCAAAAUAUUUAUAAGGUAUUAAAACCAGGCAAAUGUGUCUUAUUUAGAGACUACGGGCUCUAUGAUCAUGCAAUGCUUAGGUUUAAAUCUGGCAGCAAACUUGGAGAAAACUUUUAUGUUAGACAAGAUGGGACAAGAUCAUAUUUCUUUACUGAUGAGUUCUUGUCUCAUCUCUUUAUGGCUGUAGGAUAUGAGCAAGUGGUCAAUGAGUACGUGCUACGAGAAACUGUGAAUAGGAAAGAAGGUCUGCGUGUUCCAAGGGUUUUUCUUCAGAGCAAAUUUCGAAAGCCUCUAAGUGAAGCAUGAGUAUUUGCUAAUGAGCCACAGAAAUGCUUGUUUAAAUGGGGCGGUGAGGGGGGGGAAUUCUAGUGUGGUGUUUUUCCUUGGCUGUACUAUCCUGGAGUCUGCUAAACCAGAAUGACAGAUCAUGUUUUCCAGCCUUCUGUUGUUUUUGAUCCUUGGGUAUAGAAGAUGAGAGUGACUGUUAGAAUACAAUUUUAAGAUAGGAUAAAGAUACAUAUAUACAAUCAACCUCUUUGAGUGCCUAAAUUUCCCCUUUUUAAAGUAAAUUCUAUGCACCAUUGUUAGAGGCUCUUGUGUGAUUUUAAUAUAAAAAUGGUUUAAAUAAGACAGUCUGUUUUUAAAUAAUUCUCCAAGGAUUUUGCAUAGGAUUGUAAUUUUCAUUAAGGAAAGUAUGUUGUUGAGCAUAAACUGGCUAAAUGUUAAUUAUAAACCGCUGUUUCCACUAGUUGUAAGAAUGGAUUAGUGUUGUGUUCCUUCUCUUUCAUAUUAAAACUAUUUUAUAUUUCUGCUAA